GCGCAACAUUGAUUUACUCGCUGGUCGCGCGAUCGAGAGAGCUCAGUCACUAGUGCGCAACGCCAACAGAUACAAGUGUUUCAGCGCUCCAGAGUGCAACUUUUAUUUUGCGUUCAUUUAGUUCUGCUUCAAACAACAAAAACCUGUUAUGAAUUGCCCGUGUUAUCUUCUGUGAAUAUUACUAAAGAUCUACGUGUUUUAAUUAUAAGUUCAGUGUGUUACGCUUGUGGUCUACCUACUUCGGUUCCUGUGUGUUGAGUAAUUCUGUGUCAGUUGUAGUGACUGUGAUUGAAGAAUCUGAAGACUUCAUCGUUAACGUGUUCCCAUUUAGGAUUUCACCACGAGCGGGCUUAAGGAAGUGUAUAGUCAAGUGGACAGCGGCGGCGGUGGCUCGGCCGAAGUGAUGGUGUACUCUCUUGGCUGGGGGAUGGGUGAGCCGGAGCGGCGCGGCGCGGAACGCAAGCGCUCGCAGCCCGCGGCGGCGCUGUCGCCCGACGACGGACACGAGGUGGACGUGUUGCCGCUCAACAAUCAGGUGGGCGGGCACACGCGGCUGCUUGUGCUCAACGACAGCACCGUCAUCAAGCCCCUCAACAUCCGCGAAUUGCAUUUCUACAUGAACAUUCCCGAGGACAUCCAGAGAUUCGUCCCCCGCUACAAAGGGGUGAUGCAGGCCUCCAUAGCCGGAGGCUCGAAGCCGGAGAAGCGGUACUCGCCAUGUUUCCGCGAGGAGAACGGCCGCAAGGCGUCGCUCGGCGGCAAGCGCAAGCGCGACGACGUGUUCAAAUUUAAAGUUCACCGAAAUGGCAAUGCUAGCGAAGUGCUUAAGAGCAUAGCGCACAUGGACAAUUCUAAUAAACAAUAUUUCCUGAUGAUGGAAAAUAUAACAUCAUCGUACCGGCGGCCGUGUAUCCUGGACCUGAAGAUGGGCACGCGGCAACACGGAGACGAUGCCAGCGCAGAGAAGCGCUCCAAGCAGAUCGCGAAGUGUGCAGCGUCCACCUCCGCUUCGCUCGGCGUCAGACUCUGUGGCAUGCAGGUGUACGGCGAAACCGGUGCGUGUGUACGCCGCGACAAGUACUGGGGGCGCGCGCUAACGGAGACCGGUCUGCGCGAGGCGCUGCGGCACUUCUUCGCCGCGGGCGCCGCGCCGCGCGCGCAGGUCGUGCGUCGCGCGCUGCGUCGCCUCGACGCGCUCCGCCGCGCCAUCGCCAAGCAGACCAGCUAUCGCUUCUACUCGUGCUCCCUACUGAUAGUAUACGAAGGCGACACGGACGAGCCUGACACCCCCUGCGCGGCACAGUACGACGCGGACGCGUCCAGCAGCUCGGCCGAGCAGCUGCCACCCUCACACUUCGACAUGUCCACGCUGCACGCCGGGAUCCCCGACCGCGAGCGGGAGCGGGAGCCCUUCCAGCCGCACUCGGAGGAAACAAUGGGCGGGUACGAGGAGGGCGAGGUGGGCGGGGCGACGGCGACGGCGGGGCAGUCGCCGCGCCGACAGCCGCCCAGCCCCGACUCCACGGACAGCUGGAUGGCGUACUCCUCCACCUCCAGCGAGUCCUGGCGCGGCGACCCCGAGCCUGCGCCGGAGCCCGAGCUGGGCAAGCGCGCGCGCACCCUCGUCGCCUGCCCCGCCCCGCCCGCGUCGGCCGCGCCCACGCCCACGCCCACACCCACACCCACGCCCCCGCCGCCCGCCGACGAGCGCGUCGACAUCCGCAUGAUCGACUUCGCGCACACGGCGUACGCGGGCGCCGCCGCCUCCUCCCCGCUGGCCACGGCCACGCCGCACCAUGGCCCCGACGGCGGCUUCCUCACCGGCAUCGACUCCCUCACCCGCCUGCUCACUGAGAUCCUGCAGCCGGACAGUUAAUGAGAGGCCGGGCCGAGCGCCCAAAGCCACUCCCCCCCACCCCACCCCCGACGCCGACCGGACAGCGGUCGCACUCAGUGAAUGUUGGCGGUCCGGCCUACGUUUAUUUAAUCUAAAGGAGUACUAUAAUUUUAAAGUGGGACCCAGUAGGUAAACUCGAUACGUUCGUAUUUUUAAGUAUUACGUUUUAAGUAAUUCCAGAAUGUUGUGCUUUUGAUUUGUUCCUUUUAAAUUGAUCUGUCUCGUGCGGUUCGCCCGAGGCGACCGUAUUUGGUAGACGUACCCGUUCGCGUUAGUUCCUACGUAGUGUGAUCGCCGGAUUCCGGGGUCGUAGCACGGUACGCUUAUCACACGCUUAUCACCAUGCCUGUCACGUUCUAACAAGUAUGUGAGUGCGAAAGUGACGGACUUAGUGAUAGGGGAACCAUGCUGCGCGGGCAGUGUUCUACCCUCUUGUUGUCGUGCAUUUAGUUCCAAAAAAUUUAUUGUAACGAGCACCUAAAUUGUAGUUUAACUGAAUGUUUUAAAUAAAUAACCCAGUUGCUGAAACCAAAGCCGAAGUAGUAGGUGAACCGGAAAUAUUGGAUCCUAAAUGUAAGGAGAUAAAAAAACUUUCAAUAAAUAUAGUAUUUCAUUGACAGAUCGCUAUAAUAACAUACUUGAGUGUUGUGUUCUCAUAGAAUUUCAUUUAAUGUGUCGAAGUGUCGAUCGUCCGUACUGGAUACUUGAAACUGAUUAUAUAUUUUUUGCGACAGUAUUACGAAUGUUUUAUAAGUAGUGAGAAUGAGUGUAAAAUUGGGAUUGGAGAAUUUGUGAAUAUUAUCCUGAAUGGUGAUGCUGUGCCAAUGGUUAGCUAUUUACACUGUAAAUGAAUGACAUAAGUUGUAUGUAACUGUAAUGUAAUGUGUAAAUAGGGGUGACUGGCAGUGUAAACAGCUACGCACAAAGGCGUACCACUAGCGUUAGUUAGCCAACAUUCCUUUGUGCUGCAUUCGUCAUUGCCCUUUUAAUUUUUUAGUGGGAUAAAUUUAUGAAAAGUACCUGGUUUAAUUAGGAUGCUAGGUUGUAUUGCAAAUUAUCAUUUAUGUCUGUUAUUUUUAAUAACCGUAUGACACUAUUUUGUUAAAUAAAUUUUAGGUAUUUU